ACAAUUUCAUUUUAUUCUAUUGUCUUUAGAACUAAAUUGUUAAAAUUAUUUUAAAGGUGAGCAUGAUGGUGCAUAGAAUUGAUAAGACAUUAUUAUUAGAUGAAUUUGAUAUUCAGAAAUACUUGAUUGUAGAAACCGACAAUGAAUGGGACUGGUUAAAAAAUUUCUUUUACAAAAAUAUUGUAGGAUCUUCUGAUAAAAUGGUGAAAUGUAUUACUUAUAAAAGGAAUUCUCUGAGAGCCAAUAUACAUAAAGCUUUGGUAUCUAAAUUUUUGCACCAUUCCAUUGAAUUGGAUUCCCAUAAUGAUCAAAUAAAAAAAAAAAAUGUUCGUAAUGAAACUUCUCCAGUAAGUUUAUUUAAAAACAUCAUCAUUAUAUUUUAGGUUAAUACUUAUUAUAAUAACUUGUGUAUUAAUUAUGU